CAAUUUCCACAUGUUAAUGUUUACAGUUUUUGAACUUUGUAUAUAAUUGAUUGAAAAAUGGUUAACAAAGAUUGGAUUAAAGUAACACCUGCUUUAUCAAAACCUGUUCUGAGAUGCAUCCAUAAACAAGGUUUUAAAACAAUGACUCCAAUACAAGCAGCUGUAAUUCCUCUUAUAUUAUCGUGUAAAGAUGUUGUGGCAGAAGCAGUCACUGGAUCAGGUAAAACCCUCGCCUUUGUCGUUCCAAUGCUAGAAAUGCUAUUAAAAAAAGAAAAGGAAUCACCAUUGCGAAAGGAUUUCGUUUAUUCAGUGAUAAUAUCGCCAACGAGAGAACUGGCCACACAGAUUUUUCAGGUUAUAGAAUUAUUCCUUAAAGAACCAGAACUAUUGCAUAUAAAAAUGGCAUUGCUGGUUGGAGGUAGGCCAAUAGAUGUGGAUGUGGACAGCAUCAGCAAGGGUGCACAGUUGGUAGUAUGUACUCCUGGUCGCUUAGAGGAUCUUUUGUCAGAGAGGAAACAACUAAAUUUAGCUGGCCGGCUAAAAGAAUUGGAAUUCUUAGUACUUGAUGAAGCAGACCGUUUAUUAGACCUUGGCUUCAGUGCUACACUCACAACAAUCCUUCAGUAUUUACCAAGACAACGGAGGACGGGUUUAUUUUCUGCAACACAGACUAAAGAACUACAAGAUCUAGUUAGAGCUGGAUUACGAAAUCCUGUUUUAAUAAGUGUCAAAGAAAAGUCUACUAUAAGUACUCCACUAGCUUUAGAAAAUUUUUAUGUAAUCGUCGAACCUGAAGAUAAGUUCUUAUUUCUAUUAAACUUUAUAAGGAAUAGGAAAACAAUGAAAGGGUUGUUCUUUCUACCGACAUGUGCAUGUGUAGAUUAUUGGGCAGAUGUAUUACCAUUAUUUAUACCAGAUAUGAAGAUAUUUGCAAUACAUGGUAAAAUGAAACAAAAACGACAUAAAAUAUUGGAACAAUUUCGUGAAGCUGAUAACACAAUAUUGCUUUGUACAGAUUUAUUGGCUAGAGGUCUGGACAUACCUGAAGUAGAAUGGGUGGUUCAAUGGGAACCCCCUACUAGUCCUGCUGCUUUAGUACACCGUGUGGGCCGUACAGCUCGUGGAGGUGCUAAAGGUUUUUCGUUGCUGCCAUUAUUGCCAACUGAAGAUUCAUAUAUACCUUUCAUCAAGACCAAUCAGAAGGUUGAAUUGAAAGAUUGGCGGAAAUCAACUGAUGACAUUAAAAUUAGUCAGAAAUUAAGGGAUAAGGUUUUAACGAUACUUCAUGAGCAACAGAAAAAAGACAGAGGCAUACUAGAUAAAGGUCAACGCGCAUUUGUAUCUCAUAUACAAGCAUAUUCUAAACAUGAAUGCAACCUUCUUUUGCAAUUAAAAGAACUACCCCUAGGUCACAUAGCAACUAGCUAUGGUCUACUAAAGUUGCCACUAAUGCCUGAAAUCAAAGACGAACAUAAAAAACAAUUUAUUGGACCUAAAGAGCAAAUAGAUUUUAAUUCAAUACCAUAUAAAGACAAACAGAAGGAAACAAGCAGAUUACAGAAGUUAGAAGAAUUCAAAAAGACUGGUAUUUGGCCUUCUAAGAAGAAAAAGAAGAUGGUUCAGUCACAACCAUGGCAACAGGCAAAGCAGAAUAAAGAAGAAAGGAAGCAACGAAAGAAGAAAAGGAAAGAAGCACAGAAGGGUGCAGAGGGAAAGAGAGGUAAGAAGCGGCGGGCGGUCACACAAGAAGAAAUAGACGAACUAGCAGCCGAUGUGGCACUUAUAAAGAAAUUAAAGAAAAGAAAAAUAACUAAAGAACAGUUUGAUGAUGCAUUUGACGUAAAUAAAUAG